AUGAUUUUUCGCCAAAUGAUCCUUUACCUAGUUUUUUCAUUUUUGUUUGCUUUAUCAAAUGGACAAAGUAAUAAUAAUUCGUCUAAAUGUCAUCGAUCCUGUGGAGUGGCGAAAAACAGUGUGCCAUACCCAUUUGGGUUCUCCGAUGGUUGCGGGAUCAAGUUGAAUUGUACCACUGGAAAUAUCAAGAUAGGUGAUUUCCUAGUCGAGAACGUGACAUCAGAUAAUAUCAUGAUCAAUCUUCCGGCGAAAUGCAACCGCUCGAUUGAAGAACUCUCCAAACUCUUCGGCCAGAAUUACGCCUUGACGUGGCGAAACGGUCUUCUGUUGCAGAAUUGCAGCUCGCCUGCAGGUGAUUGUGUGAUUCCCAGCAUCAUGGUGAAUUCCCUUUUUCCCGGGUUUGACGGGUGCGGUUCCCCGCCGGAUAGUAUAAAUUGUUCUUCGGGAACUGGUGGCGUCGCGGAUUUUUUACAUUAUAGUAAAGUGAAGGAAAGAGGGAAUUGUAGCAUUUUGUUUUCGUCAAUUGUGAUGGAUUUGAAUGAAAAUGGUAAUAAUAGCAGUACAAGUGGAAGCUCUGCCGUGGAGUUGAAUUUUCAGAAGGUUGAGCUGGGGUGGUGGCUGGAGGGGUCCUGUAAUAAUGGUGGCAGUAGAAAUUGUCAUUCGAACGCGAAUUGUACAGAUGUUCAUGUUCCCUAUGGAAACGCGACAGGGUUUCGUUGCAAGUGUAAUCCAGGGUAUGCCGGCGAUGGCUUUGCCGGCGAUGGCGCUAAUGGUUGCCGGAAAGUUUCUGAUUGCAACGCUUUGAAGUUCAUGUUGCGUAAAUGUGACGGAACUAGAGUAGGCAUUCUCGUGGGAGGAAUAGUUGCUGGAGCUUCAUUGGUGACUAUUCUAGCUCUCAUCUGCUACUGCAUAAAGAGACAUUUUAGAUCUUUGAAGAAUCGAUGGAGUUCAAAGCGUCUGCUUUGUGAAGCUACAGGAAUCAUCAGUGUCCCAUUCUAUCCUUAUAAAGAAAUCGAGAGAGCCACAAAUAGCUUUUCUGAAAAACAGAGGUUGGGAACGGGUGCCUAUGGCACAGUUUAUGCAGGGAAGCUGCACAAUGACGAGUGGGUUGCAAUUAAGAAAAUAAGACAUCGAGAUCGUGACAGCAUUGGACAAGUAAUGAAUGAAAUCAAGCUUCUGUCCUCUGUGAGUCAUCCAAAUUUAGUUCGCCUUUUAGGUUGUUGCAUCGAGAAUGAUGAACAGAUACUUGUUUACGAGUAUAUGCCAAAUGGUACUCUAUCUCAGCAUCUGCAAAGAGAAAGAGGUUCUGUUCUACCGUGGACAAUACGUCUGACUAUUGCCACUGAAACAGCUCAUGCAAUCGCUCAUCUUCACUCAGCGACAAAUCCUCCAAUUUACCACAGAGACAUAAAAUCGAGUAAUAUACUAUUAGAUUAUAAUUUCAAUUCGAAAGUAGCAGACUUUGGUCUAUCGAGAUUUGGCAUGACAGAUGAUUCCCACAUUUCCACAGCACCUCAAGGGACUCCUGGUUAUGUAGAUCCCCAAUACCAUCAAAACUUCCAUCUUUCAGAUAAAAGUGAUGUUUACAGUUUCGGGAUGGUUCUUCUAGAAAUUGUCACAGCAAUGAAAGUAGUUGAUUUUUCCCGACCUCACAGUGAGAUUAAUUUGGCUGCACUUGCAAUUGAAAGAAUUGGGAAAGGUCAAGUUGAUGAGAUAAUAGAUCCAUUUCUUGAACCGAAUAGGGAUGCUUGGACGCUGUCUUCUGUACACAAAGUGGCCGAGCUGGCUUUUAGAUGUCUUGCUUUUCAUAGGGACAUGAGACCUUCAAUGAUGGAGGUGGCAGAUGAACUAGAACAGAUCAGGCUUAGUGGUUGGGCACCAUUGGAAGAGAAUAUUUGUAUGGGAUCUUCAGUGGCAUCUUCUUGUUCUUCACGUUCUUCACCAUACCUUGGAAGUGAAAAGUCACUAAAUUCUAUAUCAAAUAACAAGUCCGGGGUAGGAAGUAGGAGAUUGUUUGUUUCACAGAGGGCAGGGGAUGGCCUGCCUACAAUGGAGGAGACAAAGGAUAGUUCACCUGUUUCUGCGCAGGAUCCUUGGUUAAGUGAACAGAGCUCGCCAUCAACGAACAGCUUAUUAGGUAAUGUAGUUCGGUGA